AUGCACCCGCUUCCACCACCGAACCGUAGUGAGGCACGCGACCACCCAAACCACGCUCCUAGUCAGCCAUCAGCGCCCUCUGCCACCUCUCACUCAUCCAACAUGACGGCGCAGAGCUCUCCUGCGGUCCCACAGUCUUCGGAGGCAACGAGGAAACGCCGCCGCCAUCGUGGGAACAAGAAGAAGAAGCCACGCCGGCAGUCUUUCAUCGCCCCGUCCGAAGGCUCGGCAGCCUACAGCUCCCAAGCUGAAGAUCCAGCUCAUGACGACCGCUUAGUGCAAGUGCCCGAAGAAGAGGCCGGCGUGAGGCGACGGGACUUCUAUGCGAGGCGCGGGAACCUGAGUGAGGAGAGUCUAGAAUCCGAGGCGCUGCUUGAUCACCGCGACCAACCCAGCAUGCGGCCCAGGCGGGAUAGUAGACUAUUGCCGAGCGUUUUUGGUAAGCUGGGCGGAAGCAAGAGCCCUGGAACUCUGGACCGAAGUCAUUCAGACAUGGUGGCGGAAAAUAAGCGGAAGCGAUUGAAGAGCCGAGAGAGUGAAGGGACAGCACCGAAGAGCUACGGUAGCAGUGAAGAGGAGAACCCAACAGAUCGCACACCUUUGAUUGGCGUGGCUACACAUAAGAACAAUACGGACGAUGGUUAUGGACUAUACAGAGCCAGGUCUGGCGCUAGUGGAGAAGGGAGCGAUGAAUCUGGCGCGAGAAGAGGGGGCAGACGAAGGGGAAACACGAUGGCUACUAGUUACGUCGGCACGACCAUGGCCCAGGAGUACGAUGUCAACAAUCCACCUUCCCGCCCCGCAAGUCCAAGCCACGAGUUGGGUCCAACCGAUGUCAUGGUCUCGAACGAAGAUUUCAUGCCCCGCAGUCUCGAAAGUCGAAGAACGCUACCUCAUCUGCAGGAGAAUCAUGAUGCAUUGAUCAAUAUUGACGAUAAUUUGGAGGAUGCGAGAGAUGCAAACUCGGCCCCGCCAAGUCCGAGGCUGAGACCAGACGGCAUCCAACGGCAUCGAAGCACGACACUGACAGCCGAGGGCGAUGUAUGCUUCCCUGGCGAUGAAAUGUCAGAGCUUGGGGAAGACGAUAUGGAGCGCUUGCGCUCGAAUGCGAGCCGGCCCAGCAGGCGCAAGAGAAGGGAGUGGCCGCAGCUUUGGGCACUAGACGAAUGGUCGAGAGAAGAAAAGGAGGCUCGGGACGGCGAGCGCAGGGCGAAGAAGAUCAAUGAACCAGUGUUGGUAGGAGGCCGCCUCAGGCCAAGGCAGAGUAUGUGGCAUCGCACCGAGGAAGACGCCCCCUAUCGGUACACGUAUUUCAACGAGGAGUUCGAGAGUACUAUACAUGCGCAGACGAUUAGCGAACUCGUGCAACCAGGUGGGACUUUCAGAGAACUGUUCAUCCCCGAUCCUCCCGAGAUAAUCGACUCAAGUGAGAGCAGCGAAGAAGAGGAAGAGCCUGCCUCUAUUGCCAGUCCGAAGCAGAAUCACUCGGAUACGGCCAGCCGCCUCAACAGCAUGCUAAGCGAUGUUGUCAAGCCAUCAUCGUCUUCCAAAGAAACUUCCGGCAAGAAUAGCGCUGGGAGCGCCACCCCUCUCAAACGGUCUCAAACACCACCUUCGAAGCCGAAGAAAUUUGGUCCACGUCCGACUUUCUGGCUCGAUGUCCUUUCGCCGACCGAGCAGGAGAUGCGUGUCCUUUGCAAGACCUUCGGUAUUCACGCACUGACAUCAGAAGAUAUUAUGAUGCAAGAAGCUCGCGAGAAAGUUGAGCUUUUCCGCAACUACUACUUUAUCAAUUACCGCACCUUCGAGCAGGAUCCAUCCUCUGAAGACUACCUGGAGCCGGUCAACAUGUAUGUGUGUGUCUUCCGUUACGGUAUCGUUACGUUCCACUUCAGCCAGAUUCCACACCCAGCCAAUGUGCGAAGACGUAUCCGCCAGCUAACCGACUAUCUUAUUCUAUCCGCGGACUGGAUCAGUUACGCCAUCAUCGACGACAUCACAGAUGUCUACCAGCCACUGAUCACCGGCAUCGAGGAAGAGGUCGACGACAUCGACGAGAUUAUCUUGGAUGCUCUCCAGUCCACAAAUGAGCUUGCUGGCGAGGGGGCUGGACAGCCACCGUCCAUGACUGGGCCCGGAAAGGAUAAGGAAAAGGCUUCCACAGCUGGAGGCGACGGACCUGACGCUGCACCUUCGGGUAUUGACAUCCUCCGUCGUAUUGGCGAGUGCCGCAAGAAGACCACCUCCCUAUAUCGCCUCCUUGGCCAGAAGGCGGAUGUUAUCAAGGGCUUCGCCAAGCGUUGCAAUGAGCAGUGGGAGGUUGCACCGCGAUCCGAGAUCGGUCUUUACCUGGGAGACAUCCAGGACCACAUUAUCACCAUGUCUGCAAACCUGAGCCACUAUGAGACGAGUCUGAGCCGCGCGCACUCCAACUACCUGGCGCAGGUGAACAUUCGUAUGGGUGAGCGGCAGGAAAGUACUGCGGAUAUCUUGGGCAAGCUGACGGUCAUUGGCACCAUCGUGCUGCCGAUGAAUGUCAUUUGCGGCAUGUGGGGUAUGAACGUCAUGGUUCCGGGCCAGGAAAUUGAAAACCUGUAUUGGUUCUGGGGCAUCACGGCCUUCAUGGGCUGCUUUGCUGUGGGCUGUUUCUAUUGGUGUAAGAAAGUGUACAAGAUCGUCUGA